CCAGCAUAGACAUCGCUCACUGAUUUCUCCGUCAAGUUAUCAUCUAACAUUCAAACCCCGCUCGCAGUCUUCUUGAAUCCGGAAACCCUAUUCGAUAAUUCGAAAAUGCCCUUGAAGUCUCCUUAAUUAGUUUUUCGGAGUUCAUCUCAAUCAAUCCAAUGGCGUCUUUGAUUGAAAUUGAUCGGUAUAACUGGAUUCCGCUCUCUGUGACCAGUCUAUCUGCUUGCCCUUGCCGUCCCUUGUGGAAAAAAACUUUACGUCUUACCCGGCGAUGCUCUAAGGUCAGUCUUGGGAUUGUCUUCGAUGGAUCCAAUGGCAUAUAUCGGGUUCGCUCCAAUGGCUUUCUGGCGAACCGUCGAUUAAUCACGGCUGUGGCCAGAGCUGAAUCAGACCGGCUUGGCGAGGACAACGCCAAAGAGGAUGUCUUCAUGGGACAUACAUUACCUAUGAAGGAAGAUUCAGCUCAAGAACAUCGGCAGAAAGUGAGUCAGUUGAGGAAGAGAGUUGUUUUUGGACUUGGCAUUGGAAUAUUUGUUGGGGGUGUAGUAUUGGCUGGAGGAUGGGUUUUCACAGUUUUCCUGGCAGCAGCUGUUUUUGUUGGUUCACGAGAAUAUUUUGAGUUGGUUAGAAGUGGUGGAAUCACUAAAGGAAUGACACCACCUCCUAGAUAUUUGUCACGCGUUUGCUCUGUUAUCUGCGCUCUAAUGCCCAUACUUACUUUAUAUUUUGGUCAAAUAGAUGUUUCGGUGACGUCUGCCGCUUUUGUUGUUGCAAUGGCGCUGCUUCUGCAGAGAGGAAAUCCAAGAUUCGCCCAGCUCAGCAGUACCAUGUUUGGACUAUUUUAUUGUGGCUAUCUUCCUUGUUUCUGGGUUAAGCUUCGAUGUGGUUUAGCAGCUCCGGCUUUAAACACUAGAAUAGGAGGAGCAUGGCCCAUCCUUCUUGGUGGCCAAACACAUUGGACUGUGGGUCUUGUGGCUACCUUGAUCUCUAUCAGCAACAUAAUUGCAGCAGAUACGUGUGCUUUUAUAGGUGGAAAGGCAUUUGGUAGAACUCCACUUACUAGUAUCAGUCCAAAGAAGACAUGGGAAGGGACUAUUGUUGGCUUGGGUGGCUGUAUAGCUACUUCUGUCAUCCUGUCAAAGGUUUUUAGCUGGCCAGCAUCAUUGCUGAGUGCAAUAGCUUUUGGAUUUCUCAAUUUCUUUGGGUCAAUUUUUGGUGAUCUUACGGAGUCGAUGAUCAAGCGUGAUGCAGGUGUCAAGGAUUCUGGCUCUCUAAUACCUGGGCAUGGUGGAAUAUUGGAUAGAGUAGAUAGUUACAUAUUCACUGGUGCGCUUGCAUACUCCUUUGUUAAGAUCAUCCUACCUCUCUAUGGAGUUUGACGCAAACUAUUAUCAAUGGAAGUGAAAAUACCAGAUGGAGAACAUUGCAAUGUCGGGGAUACAAAUGGGUUCUUGCUAUCUCAUAGAACAGGACCUAAGAUUGCACUUGCAGCUUUGGAAGGCCUCCACAAAAUUAUCGCAGGUAUGCAAGUCUGCAGUUGGGGUGAUGCACUUUCUUAUACUGUUCUUUUGCAAUUUACAUGUUUCUUUCACUGCCAAAUCAAACAUCACCGAGUUCAGAGAUUCUGUGUCUUUCUGCAAGACUAGGUUGUUGUCAGCUUUUCAACAUCAUGUACACUAUUUGUCGAAAAUAAUUAUAAUAAUGAUAAUUAUAGCACAAUGCAAGUGCUGUUUUGAGUCUUA